AUCAAACCUGCAUCCCAGCCUUCAGAAUGCAGCUCACCAAGCUGCAAAAAGCAGAUUUCAUUUCUUUUGCAGAUGGUCUAUGAGUCUCAUGUGGCAUGAUAUUAAAUUAUAUAGGCAGUUAGUGGCUUGUUCUGCUGCGAUGCUCAGAGUUGUGAUGUGCUUGGGCUGUUCUGUGGGAUCACAGCUCUGAACUAAAGCAGCUCCUCUGAAAGCAGCAGCACUGGGGCCUCAAGGGCUGCAAACACCCCAGAGACUGCAAUUCCCCCGGGGAUGCACCAUGAGGGUGGCCCAGCGAUGCCAUGAUGGGCUGUGGAGCAUUUUGCCCUAAAGUGUCUGAAUUACAGGAAGAAGGGAUGAAUGCCAUUAACUUACCUCUCAGUCCCAUUCCAUUCGAACUGGACCCUGAGGACACUAUGCUAGAGGAAAAUGAAGUGCGAACAAUGGUUGAUCCAAAUUCAAGAAAUGAUCCAAAAUUACAAGAACUAAUGAAGGUAUUAAUUGACUGGAUUAAUGAUGUGUUGGUAGGAGAGAGGAUUAUUGUGAAAGACUUGGCUGAAGACCUGUACGAUGGACAAGUAUUGCAGAAAUUAUUUGAAAAGCUUGAGAGUGAGAAGCUGAAYGUUGCAGAAGUUACUCAGUCUGAGAUUGCUCAGAAACAGAAGCUGCAGACAGUGCUUGAAAAGAUAAAUGAAACGCUUAAACUGCCUCCAAGAAGCAUCAAGUGGAACGUUGACUCUGUUCAUGCCAAAAGUCUGGUGGCAAUUCUUCAUCUCCUGGUUGCAUUAUCUCAGUAUUUCCGAGCACCAAUCCGACUCCCUGACCACGUGUCCAUUCAGGUGGUUGUUGUGCAGAAACGAGAAGGAAUCCUUCAGUCUCGACAAAUCCAAGAGGAAAUAACUGGUAACACUGAGGCUUUAUCAGGAAGGCAUGAAAGAGAUGCAUUCGACACUCUGUUUGACCAUGCUCCAGACAAGCUCAACGUAGUGAAAAAGACUCUCAUCACCUUUGUGAACAAGCAUCUGAAUAAAUUGAAUUUGGAGGUGACUGAACUGGACACGCAGUUUGCAGAUGGCGUGUACUUGGUCCUGCUAAUGGGUCUCCUGGAAGGCUAUUUUGUUCCCCUGCACAGCUUUUUCUUGACCCCUGAUAGCUUUGAACAGAAGGUUGUCAAUGUAUCCUUUGCAUUUGAGCUGAUGCAGGAUGGUGGAUUGGAAAAACCAAAGCCAAGACCAGAAGAUAUUGUAAAUUGUGACUUGAAGUCUACCCUGAGAGUACUGUACAAUUUGUUUUCCAAAUACAGGAAUGUGGAGUGAAGAAUUAAUUUGGAUCCCAAAGGAGUGUUAACAAAGAAAGCAUCAUAAUUAGCAUAUCUUCCAUUGGUGUUCCUCUGCAUAUCUAUCCUAAAAGGAACUAAACCAUUUAUUUACCUGAUGAAAUUUUAAUUGAUURUUCUUGCACUACUAUUUUCAUAGUAGAUUUUAAACUAAUAUAAUUUACAAUGGAAAAAAGUUUUGGAGGAAGGUAUUUGGGURUAUUCUGGGAGAAUUCAUGUCUCAGUUGCCUUCACACUAUUUUUAAUAGGUGAAGCAGCAAUGAAAAAAAAGACUUAGUAAGUUUAAUUCAAAUCAGCCUUUGAAGCCAAUCAUAGGAAUAUUCUMUACUGAGUACUUAAAUAUUUUUUACAUAUUUCUUUUUUUARUCUGGGAAGGGGAAGAAUAUUUUCYAUCCAUGGUAAGACAGUUCCAUUCUAACUGAGAGGAAUGAGUAUGGACAGAAACAGUUAAAUACACUUGUUCACAUGACAGCUAAGGAGAAACUKAACCUGAUGAAUAUAUAUCUCCAGUGCUAUUAUUAGGCUUUAAUUUUAUAGUACAAAGUGAAGUGGCAACUCAUUCCUUCAGACUUAYUAUAAUGUGAUACUCUGCUUUCAGKAUKUGCUGUUGAGCAUUCCACAGGAGCACACUUUGCAUUUGUCACUCGUUUUUGUUCAAGGCAGUGACCUUUUUCACAAAGAACACUUUUCAGGAUGACACAUCUAUGUAAUACAGUUUUUCUAUAAUAUUUGUAUUAUUACAUAGUUUUAGAAAGUAGAAGAAUGGCUUGUUUUUGUUUUGGUAGUUWAAUCCCAGGAUUAUCAGAUUACAAGUUUAGAUUGCUGUAUAGAAUUUAGAAUUGUUCCUUUGGUUGAUUUUCUGAUGAAUGUAUUUCACUGCAUAAUCUUCAAUGCAAACAAAUAAGAUUCAUUUUCUAGAAAUGACCAAAACUACUCCCAUCUGCAAAGAUUUCAUUUCAAUGUGAAGUUCUUCAGUGAUCUCACAUGGCUACAAAGAUUUCUUUUAUCUGAUUAUCACCAAGUCGAAGCUGUUGUCAGUUUGGUUUUAGCUUUAACAGUCCAACAUCAGCACAGUCAGAACUCCAGCAAUUACUUUCUGUCUUUGGUGAAAACAUGAAAGAUGGUUGGUAAGAAGGUGAUGCUUGGGGUUGCUACAAAAUUAUUUUUCUGAGAAAUAAUAUGAACUUUUAAAAGGGAAAGUCAGUGUUUUAAGUCAAAGGAAAAUACCUGGAGGAUCUCUGAACUGAGAAAUUGUUAUAAACACUAAAUAUCUUUAUUAAAAUCUUUUCUUACCUCUGCUUUUUUAACUGAGUUUCUGAAAUUAGAGGUACAGAAUACAGCAGUUAUUUGCCUUUUAUAGGGAGAAGUAACUGAACAUUUUGACCUCAAUGAAAACAUUUUCAUCAUAUCUUUAAUAAGAGAAGUUAAACAAUAGGAAUUAACCAAAUGUUUUUUGAGCARUCUAAGACAGAACUUCUCAUGUAUAUCCCAGGAGCAAUUUCAGCUUAUUUAAAUGUUUAACAUGUAAGCUUUCAUUUGCACACCUAGUAGUAAUUGUAAUAGCCAAUUAAAAAAUGUGUGAUGUUUUUUCUGCAGACCAUGCUCAGCUGAAACACUUUUACAUUUCAACACUGCURAAAGAUUUUGAUUGCCUUUGUUUUCAGGAGUGCAGUUUUUUUWAAGAGGAGAUUUAUAUGUGGAAAGAGAACAGUGAAACUGUUUCCUUUACCUGGACUUGAAAAUAAGUAUUUCUUGUGCUAUAUGGGUGUAACAUUAUUUGAGAUUUGUCUGUCAGACUCCAUUUUCAUSCUUAUAAAACAUAAAAUUGAGACAGAAUGAUCAAAUCCUCAUGUUGAAAUGCAAUUAUGCAAAACUGUAGAAACAUUUAAACAAUAUCCAACCUUUACAGUUACCUAUCCUAUGGUAAGAAUUUAUAUAAAGUAAAAUCUGCUAUAUAUAAACAACAGUGUCCUGUGUAGAUAGAAAUCCAUGUGAUAGUUUUAGCACAUCCACACAAAUAGCUUAUGCUGCCAUGUAGGAGUGGCUUACUGCUUGUAUUUUAGACAGUGUAGAUUUAAAAAGCUAUCAAAUAAAUAUGAAAUCUAAUAUAGAGAWUAUAUCUAAUAUUUAUUGCUUUGAUCCAGAAUAUUAUAGAAAUAUAGAACACUACUGUAGACAGUUUGUUUUUCAGCAGUUGSUGUAGGGCAGCCCUUUCCUUCAGGGAAGGGAAAAGUUCCCUGGGCCAAAUUCUGCCAUACCUGCCUUGCUUUUAUUCUUGAUCCACAGCAUCCUGAGGUACUGCUGAAAACAGAAUUUUCCUCACUCUUUAUAUUAAGAUAGAAGUUGUUAGAAUUUUAGUMAAGCCCAAGUUUUUUUAUAGUUACUUAAAAAUGAUUAAAAGGAUCCMAAUGGAUUGAUUUAACUCCUGUAAGAAUGAGCAGAAAUUCCACCUGGAGUUUCUCCCCAGUCCCAGAGGGGUCUCAGGGCUGUCCCAGCCCUGGGCCUGGGUUUUGAAGGAGGUUUGGUAAAUCCAGGGCAGAGCCUGGAGCUGUCCUGGGGGGUCUGGAAACAUUUGGUCCUCAAUUUCAAUACCAAACUGAGAAAAAAUACUUCCAAAAUUUGCUAAACAUGUAUCCAAAAAGAAUUAUUAGUUUAAAUUAAGCUGCAUUGCCUUCAGCUGCAGUUAGUUGCUGUCACAGAAUACAUGUACUCUGUAAGUAAAAGACACUCUUGCUGAUUCUUUUUUCCUGUGKUUUUAUUCUGAAACCUUUUGUUAUGAUCCACAAUAAAAUUUGCACCUGGAAAUCAAC